GACAAUACAGAGAGAAAGAGGAGAGGGUCGCCUGCAGCUUCAGUCUCUACCAUCACUCCAGAGAUCAUUUUGUGUCAUCAACAUGACCUUGUUCAGCCCCAGAUACAUGAGUGUGAGUGGAGAGCUGAAGUCGAGCCGCUCCAGAGCUGCCAGUAAGAGGAGUAACACCAGCACUUACGGAUCAGAUGCAGACCUGGAAUAUGACAGCUAUCAUGAUGAUUGCUAUGACAGAGUGUAUGAUGCCCAGCGUGUCCCAGCCUCCUCAUCUCCUGUCCUGCUGGGGGCCAGUCCAGCCAAACGUCCACGCUCCUCCUGCUAUUCCUCCAGACACAGACACAGUCGGGACAGAAGCCACUCCAAAUGCUCCAGAGCUCACUCUUCAAGUUCAAACACAUCCAAGUUGGGCCUGGAGGAGCUGCAGGUGAUAAAGAAGGAGCUGACUCUGAUAAAGACACAGAUCGAUGGGCUGCUCGACAGUCUGGACAGGAUGGACACCCAGAGGACAGAGCACAAAGGCUCUCCCGUGAGAGAGGACAGUCCAGCUGGCUCUCAGUACUCUCAGCAGUACUCAUCAGCCAGCAGCCCAGAACACUCCCGCUCCUCACUGUCCCCUCCCUACCGCCACCGAAUCCACAGAGAGAGCCCCGAGCUGGAGACAGAUGACCACCACACAGUGAUCAAUCAUCACUCUGAGGAAGAAAUAUGAACAUAUUGAAUCUGUACAGAGGAGAUCAUGGAGCAAGUGCCAAACGAGAAUGAGAACUAUCAUCAGACAAAUGUCUUUAACAGUAUCAACAAAGACAAGAUUAUUUUUACAGCUUGACUGGACACCUCAAUUAUAUCUUGUUUUCUUUUUUUAAAGAAGACUGCUUCUCCCUGGCACUACUUAGUAAUAAACUAUAACUUGACUUUGUGUUACAAAAUGCAGAAGCGGAAGGCACCGCUUCUUUAUAGUACCAUUUCAUUUACAUGUUUUUAUUUUUGUAAGAUGGCAACAUAGCAUUUCUGUGUAGAGAGGGUUAAAAAAUAAAUUUCAUCACUGAAACUCAAAUACAAAAUUACUCAAACAAAUCAAAAUACAACUUUCAGUAUGCAAAUAAAGGGAAAACCAUGACACAGUUAAAACAUAUAUGCAAUUAUAUUUUUCAUAAUAUGUCUCCAUUAAGAUAAUCUGAUAAUCUGAACCAUACAAGGAUAAUUUAAAAACAAAUAUUUGAAAUAAAACCUAAGAUUUGACAAAUAAUAUAAUGUAACAGAAGGAUCUCUGUCUGAACAACAAUAAGACCUUGUGAUAUCAACAAUCAACAAUAAAUUAGACACUGUAAAAUAAACACAUACAUAACACCUAAUCAACAAAUCACAGCAUGCUUAUUUUUUUGGUUUAAACAAUAAACCUUUGGCCAUUUUUAAUUGUUUUUUUUUAGUUACGCCUCCAGGAUCUUAGGUAAAUAAAUACUUAAGUGCAUAAAGACA